CAUGCGUGGCUCCGAUGGUCCAUGGUGCGCUCACCGAUCAAUGGAAAGAGCCGAAGAUGUCGGCUCGGUCAUGUGAUCAUCUGUGUCCAAUCACAGCUGAUCACAUCUGUCACGCUGACAGCUCGUGAGGAGAGCCGGUAAUCGGCAUCCCUCAGAGGGGACAUGUGCACUGAUCAUCAGUGUAGCCCCAGCAGUGCCAUCUGUCAGUGUCCAUCAGUGCCAGCUGUCAGUGCUCAUCCAUGCCACCUGCCAGUGCCCAUCAGUGCCAUAUCAGUGCCUACCAGUGCACAUCAAUGCCACAUAUCAGUGCUCAUCUUAGCUGCCUUUCAGUGUCACCCAUCACUGCCAGUCAGUGUCACCUAUCAAUGCCAAUCAGUGCCACCUAUCAGUGCAGCCAAUCAGUGCCAGUCAGUGCCGCCUAUCUGUGUGCAUCAGUGCCACCUAUCAGUGCCCGUCAGUGCUGCCUAUCAGUGCCUCCUAACAGUGCCAGUCAGUGCCGCCUAAUAGUGCCAGUCAGUGCCGCCUAACAGUGCCACCUAUCAGUGCCGCCUAGCAGUGCCAUAUAUGAAUGCUGCCUUUCAGUGCCCAUCAGUG